AUGGCGUUGGUUUCUGGAAUGACUCAUGCGGGUGUUUCAGAGACUUGUGACGCGUGUGUACACGAGCAAGCCGUUGUUGAAUGCGUUGAACAGGAUCUGGAGUUGAUCGCACAGUCCCUGCUCCCAGCUCUUCCGGCAGAGGAACAGGCAAAGAUUAUCGCUGCGGGUGGGAUCGGCACUGAUCUGUACAAUACCGAAGCGCGAUCACUGGUGCCGUUUGAUGGUCAGCAGGAUGCUUCUGAAUGGCUCGAAACUUCGCUGAAAGAAAUGACCGAUCACGAGAUGAGCGACCAGCAAGUGUCCGCUCUCCACAGUAUCGCGCAUGCGCUCGAUACCGAUGUGGUGGUUCCGCAGCUUUGCUUCGCUCCAGAAACAAACAACGACUAUGUGUGGCUCGCGACACAGAUGCUGUCGACGACGAAUCCCAAUGCAUUCCAGCAAGCACCACGCUGGGAUCGGACAGUGCUGAGCGGCGAAGGAUUGCAACAGGGUGAUCCAACGAUCUUCACAUACUCCUUUGUUCCGGACGGGACAUUCAUUCCAGAUGCGGGGUUCGGAGCUGGAAACUCUCAGUUGUUCGCUUGGUUGAACAGUCUUUACGGCUCACCCGCUGUUUGGCAGGAUCUCUUUGCACAAGUGUUUGAUCGUUGGGCUGAGCUCACAGGAACGAGCUAUGUGUACGAACCCAAUGACGAUGGCGUGACCUUCCGGUUCUUUGACGGACAGCUCAACACACGCGGAGACAUCCGUAUCGCGGCGAUGGUCCUCGAUGGGAACUCAGGUGUGCUCGCGUUCAACUUCUUCCCAUCUUUCGGUGGGGACAUGGUCUUUGAUGCAUUUGACAGCUUCUUCAACAACACCGGCGGAAACUCACUCGGUUUCCGGAAUGUGACAGCACACGAGCACGGGCACGGCGCCGGCAUGUUCCAUGUGUGUCCACGUGAGAACAACAAGCUCAUGGAGCCGUUCGUAUCGUUCCAGUUUGAUGGGCCGCAGGUUGACGACAUCUUGAAUGGACAGCGUCACUAUGGUGACUUUGCUGAACCAAACGACAACCCAGCAAUUGCGACUGAUCUGGGAAGCAUGUCGAUCAAUGAGGAGAUGACAUUCGAAAACUACAGUCUGGAUGACUAUACGGAUGUCGAUUAUUUCAAACUGACACUCCAGAACCCUGCUUUGGUGGACUUUGUCGUUUCACCAACUGCAGGCAACUACCGACAGGGUCCACAAACAGAGAUGUGCAGUGUGAGUGAUCCCGAAGCGGUCUUUACAAACUACGACCUCGUUCACGAUCUGCAAAUUCGUGUGUACGCCGCUGAUGAUCUGAUCAAUCCUUUGGUCUCGGCGACACUAUUCCCUGCAGGAUUCCCUGAACCACUCGAACUUCCAGCUUUGAACUCGGGUGAUUACAUCUUUGAAAUUUUUGCGAACCCGCUCGGGAUGAAUGAGAGUGUACAACUGUACAAGAUUGAUAUUGCGACAUCAUCGCUUCUGGGUAUCGCAGCACAGAAUCCGACAUAUCUUGAACCUGGAUUGGAGAACACAUUCACGGUGAUUCUCAAUCCGUUUGAGCAAUCAAUCCAGAGUGGCUCCGAGUUCUUGAACUAUCGGAUCGGGAAUGGGGAAUAUACACAGGUCCCAAUGAUCCCAGGCAAGGGAUUGGAAUACACGGCUACCCUACCUGGAUUUGAUUGUGAUCCGGAUGCAGUGGUCGAAUACUUCAUCGAAGCAAGCACAGUCGGCUCCGAAGGCUCGAUCACGCUACCUCUUGGUGGCGGGGACGAUCCGUUCCGAGCUUUUAUUGGUGAUCCGUCCGCGUUCUUUGCAGACAACUUCCAGACACAAAUGGGAUGGAUGGUCACAGGUCCGAUCGAGGGACAAGCGGCUGGUCAGUGGGAACGCGGUGUCCCAGCGGGUGAUGGUUCACGAGGUGAUCCGCCGAUGGAUGCGGAUGGUUCGGGACAGUGCUAUCUCACUGGCAAUGGUGGUCCAGGAUCGAAUACCGAUGUCGAUGGUGGCCCAACCAUUUUGAACUCUCCGAUCUUCGAUGUAUCCAAUGUAGUGCGUCCGAGUGUCUCGUACUGGCGCUGGUAUGACAAUACCGGCUCUGGUUCAGGUUCGGGACCUGACGAUGACAUGGAUAUAUUCCUGGUUGAGGUCUCUGACAACGGAGGCUUGGACUGGUUCGAGCUUGAGGUUGUUGGACCGAACACCCUCGAGUCUGAGGGCGGAUGGUUCUUUGUGGAGUACGAUCUGAUCGAAGAGCUUUCAGACGAUGUGCCGGACUUUGACUUUGCGACUUCUCAACUUCAGUUCCGAUUCGUAGUUGAGGAUCUCCAGAAUGCUUCGGUCAUCGAAGCGGGUGUGGAUGGCGUAUCGGUGAGCGAGUUGAUUUGUGAAGAUCCACAACCUGUGAUCAUGCUUGCUCAAGAGCCGCAGACAGAAGUCAUGCCGGGUGAGGAUUAUGUGUUUGAGGUGCUGAUCGACCAGCCGAUUGAUCAGAUUGUGCCUGGCACAGAGAUGCUUUCGUACAUUUCUGCCGGCGGCGUGAUGGGGGUUGGUAGCGGAUUCGUUGAGGUGCCUUUGGUCAGCAAUGGCGGCAACAGCUACACCGCGACGAUCCCUGCGCAGGACUGUAAUCCGAAUCACGAUGCACUACCUGAUGGCGGAUUCGAUGUGAGCUACUUCAUCAGCGUCGAGGGCGUGAACACUGGUCUGACAACAUUCCCUGAUCUGAAUGAGUCCGCAUUGCUCGGAUACAACAUCGGUGAAGCGAUGCAGGUCUUCGAAGACAACUUCGAGCUCGAUACCGGUUGGUCAGUCAGCGGUGGUGCGAAGGGUCCACUCGAUGGGAUGUGGGAACGCGGCGUGCCGAUGGGUGACGGCGGGUUCGGUGAUCCAACGGUUGAUGCUGAUGGUUCGGGAAGCUGUUUCGUGACCGGCAAUACCGCUGGAGGCGUGAACUCUGAUGUGGACUCGUUGACAAUCCUGACUUCGCCUGUCUUCGAUAUCUCAGACAUGAUCAGUCCCAAGAUGGUCUACGCUCGCUGGUACGACAAUACCGGCGGUGGAUCUGGAACGGCGCCGGGGGCGGAUGUGAUGGAAGUCGGGAUCUCCUACGAUGGCGGCGAGUCAUACGAAACGCUCGACAUCAUCGGUCCGAACAACGAAGAGUCGAUGGGCGGCUGGAUCAUGUCCGAGCUUCCACUGGACAGCUUCCAGCCCGGUACUUCGAUGAUGCGAGUUCGCUUCCUUGUCUCGGACAUGGGAGCGGGAUCAAUCAUCGAAGCGGGCGUUGACGAUGUGACGAUCCGAGGAUUGGUCUGUGAGAGUGUGGAUGCAUGUCCCGCGGACCUCGCUGGGAAUCCUGAUGGGACACCUGACGGACAGCUCAACUUCUUCGAUGUCUCGGCGUACCUCUCGUUGUACGGCUCUGGUGAUCCGGAAGCUGACCUUGCCGGGAAUCCUGAUGGAUCUCCAGACGGCACGCUCAACUUCUUCGAUGUGUCGGAGUACCUGCUCCGAUUCGCGAUGGGCUGCCCGUAA